UGGUCCUCUCUAAGUGUUCUAUAAGGCAGAUCUGUGUGUUUCUAACCCAGCUUGGUUAGCUAGGACUUACUAUGGGGGAAGAAAUCUGAUUCAGUUCUCAUUUAUAGGCAAACCUUCCAGAUUCAUGCUUUCCAAAAUGAUAUGCAAACCAAAACACAGCCAUCUUUUGAAAUUCACACUUCUCAAGAUAUUUCAAUGCAGUGUAACGUAUACAAGAAUAAUUUUUCUAGGGUAAAGUUUGCAUAAAAAUGCAUAUACUAAUGAAAAUAACAGUAACAUUUUUAUUAUACUGUAUAUGGAAAAAACUGCAUUGCAAAAGCAUGCCUUUUAAGCAAAAUUGCAUGCAAAGAUGAAAAGGAGAAAUUUGUACUAAACUGAUGGAUUUUCAAGAGAACCUGUUUUGAAAAAAGUUCUCUGACUGAUGUGGGACUCUGGAGAGCAGCUACAAAUGGGAAAAUGAGGAAGAGGGACUAGCCAAAGCUGAUGGAGUUACUCAUUGCUAGUUAAGGCAGCCUUCCUGGCUUCCUACAUUGUGGGUGAACUGUAAGCAGUUCUGGUCUCUUCUUGGUACAAUAAUCAGCAUGAAAGUAAGGGGAGCAGUGACGAAAAAUAUGUGGUAUCAGAUCAUAUGUGGUAUGCAGAUUGAGAGGCUUAAGGCAAAGGAUGGAGUGGGUGAUAAAAUGAUAUUGCACAUUUCCCAUGCCCUGCAAAAGUAAUCUGCAAACUAACUGAGAACAUCAGUUUAAAUAGACUUGGAGGCUGUGACAUUGGAAUCAGGACUUAAAGACUUCUGCUUUGCUUCAUCAUGAGACUUGUCCUCUUCAUCCUCUUUUUCGGCUACCCUAUAACUAAAGAGGAAAACGUUCCAGAAGAGAGAAUUUUCCAUCCUCCCCACAUCCACAUGAGCCCUAGCUGGAUAGUCUCUCUGGGAGGAAAUGUCACCAUCUCUUGCUGGGUUCAUUUAGACUGCUGGCUGGAUUUCUUUCUGCAUAAAGAUGGUGUGAAAAUAAACACCACCAGUGGUGGAUAUAAAAGAAAGGCACUGUUUCACAUCAGUGAUGUCACAAGAAAAGAUGGAGGGACAUACAGCUGUCACUACAGAAUGCCACUGAAAACAUACCGGUCAGAACACAGCAACUCCGUGGAGUUGUUUGUAUUAGACCCUAGCCUACCCAAACCCACAAUAAGCCCCAUUGGGAUGAGCGCCAUUGAAAAAAAUGCAACUAUCCAAUGCCAGUCCCAAAGUCCAAUUGCAGGUUUCUACCUCCAAAAGGAUGAAGACCAGAUGGAUCAUAAGCACAUGGAGACCAAUGGGACUAGGGGCAGCUACACAAUCAGCAACAUUAGCCAGGCAGAUGGAGGAGGUUACAGGUGCCGUUAUAGCUCUGAAUCAGAACCCUUUGUUAUCUCAGAGCCUAGUGAUCCUGUGGAGUUGCUGCUAGAAGAUCCCAAGUUACCCAUACCUGUCAUCUCCAUCUACCCCAGUUCGUUUGUUUCCCUGGGCCACUCAGUCACCAUCCAGUGUAAAACUGAAGAAAGAUCUGCAAAGUUUUUUCUCCAUAAAGCUGGAGACCCAAAACCAAGGUUUCUCACAAGCCCAAAGUCAAAUGAGGGAGAGCUUUCCCUGAACAUCAGCUGGGAGGACAAAGGGAGCUACAGGUGCAGCUAUAUACCUCAAUCAAAUCUUUUCUUGCACUCAUGCCACAGUUCCCCCUUGCAACUUCCAGCAACAGAUCACAGAUUACCCAAACCAAGCAUCACCCUGAGCCACGAUGAAGAGGUCACCCUAGGAAGUAAUGUGACGAUUGAUUGCAGAAGCAAUGCCACUGCUGUCAGGUUCUAUUUCCAAAAGUAUGGAGUUGCGAAGCCUGUUCAGCUCAUCCAAAACAAUGGAACUGUUGCCAAGUUCUCCAUCAGCAACGCAAGCUGGGAGCACUCGGGAUAUUACAGCUGCACAUACAGCACCCUGCCAGACUGCUUUGCCAUCUCAGAACCCAGCGAUGAGGUGGAGUUACAGCUAACAGAUCCAGACCUAGCCAGACCCACCAUCUCCCUGAGUCCUAGAGGGCCACUUCCUCUGGGGGGAAAUGUGACCCUCAAUUGCCAAGGCCAAGGUGUGCGAUUCAAAUUUUAUAGGCAUAGAGAGAAUUUUGUACCACAGCUGUUGAAGAACAAUUUGGAUGGCGCACACCUUAUCAUCAGCAACCUGAGCAGAGAUGAUGCAGUAGGAUACAGCUGCAAAUGCAACAGUAUAUCAGAAGUCUUUUCAGUCUCUAGUGAAAUAGUGAAACUGCUGAUCUUAGAUUCCCCAUUGUUCGCACCUGUCAUUUCCAUCCAACAUGAAGGAUGUGUUGCACUUGGAGGGCAGGUCGAGAUCAAGUGUGAAUCUGAUUCUGAAGAUGUGAACUUCUCUCUUCACAAGACUGGAGACACAAAUCCUACGCUCAUGAAUGGUCACUUUUAUGUGGGUGAAUUUAUCAUCAGCAGUUUUACACGGGAGCAUGAAGGCAACUAUAGCUGCAUCUAUGAAAGCACAGAAGAGCCUUUUAUGAUUUCAGCACCCAGUGAUUCCCUGGAGAUUCUGAUAUCAGAUACCUAUAAUUGCACCCAAGUCAACAUCAUCCGCUUUGCCAUAGGAGUUCUGAUUCUUCUUUUGCUUACAUGUAUCAUUCUCAGUAAUCAGCACUUCAGAGGGAACAUGAUAAAUAUCUCCUGAUAUGUUUCCUUUUCCUUUACUAACAAUUGCAUCCCAAAAGACAAGAGGAGUGCAGUUCAGUGGCACCGCAUAUGAAUUGGUUGUACAAUAUCCUAGGUCUCCAUUAUUCUCAACUCCAUCAUUAUUUUUGUGCAGAGGAUAUCUAUUUGAAAACUCAAAAUGCUACCACCAAUGGCCCAGGUCCAAACAAGGCACUGAGAUUCCUCAAGGGCAAUGAGCUUGGUCUUCCUCAGAUUUCUACUGCUUUCUCCCACAGAGUCCACUAAAAGUACCAGUUCCAGGAACCAAAGUCGGCACACUUCAUAUUUUCAGCAGAAUACAUUUUGAAUUACAGCAGAAUUGCAUCCUGAUUUUGAUGUGCAACAUUCCUAGAGAUGUUGCAGUUGUUGGCUGAGAAGCAAAGCAAACACGGCUUUGCUACUGUAUGCAGCCUGAUGACAAGAUGCUUUUUCUCAAGAAGUAUGACAUUUGGGGUCCACUUUGGUAAAUCUUAGAUAUACCAGAUGAGUUUCUGUGUAAGACAUGCCGAGAAGUGAACUUCAUCUCCCUUUGGCCCUGCACUCAAACCAUGAAAUGAAAUGAUUUUUCUACUUAUGCUUUCUAGCAAAAGGAUGUUGUCAAACUUCUGGUUCAUAAUCCAUUAGGUUCAAACUGAUCAGCCCUGCAUCUUAAUGCUAAGAGCACCUUUGUGUUCUUUUCAUUCAAUUAAACAGUCACAUUGCCAAGGCAGAAGACAGGUGUCACUGUUUAUGGAAAUGUGUUUAUUCUGUGUUUCUUGUUCUGUUGCUUUUAGCAGUUUUCUGUCAUUUUAAUGGAAAAAAUGUGCAUGAAGAUUAUAAUAAAGAUAAGAUUUCCUUUUA